AUGGCGAAGCGUGGAUAUAAGCUGCAGGAGUUUUUGGCACAUUCCGCAAAUGUGAAUUGUCUGAGUAUCGGAAAGAAGACAUCACGGCUCCUUCUAACCGGUGGAGAUGAUUAUAAGGUCAACCUUUGGUCCAUCGGCAAAUCCACUUCGCUAAUGAGUCUUUGUGGGCAUACAAGCCCGGUUGACUCAGUAGCUUUUAACCCGGGAGAAGUUUUGGUGCUCGCUGGAGCUUCUUCGGGUGUGAUAAAGCUGUGGGACCUAGAAGAAGCAAAGAUGGUUCGAGCUUUUAUUGGACACAGAUCCGAUUGUUCUGCUGUUGAGUUCCAUCCUUUUGGUGAAUAUCUUGCAUCCGGAUCAAAUGACACGAAUCUGAAGAUUUGGGAUAUGAGAAAGAAGGGAUGUGUCCAAACAUACAAAGGUCACACUCGUGGCAUUAGCACUGUCAAGUUUAGUCCUGAUGGUCGCUGGGUGGUUACUGGAGGACUUGACAACGUUGUAAAGGUAUGGGAUUUGACUGCUGGAAAGCUCUUGCAUGAUUUUAAGUUUCAUGAAGGUGCUAUUCGUUCCCUAGAUUUUCACCCGCUUGAGUUUCUCUUAGCCACAGGUUCUGCUGACAGGACUGUUAAAUAUUGGGAUUUGGAAACGUUUGAACUGAUUGGAUCCACUAGACCAGAGGCUACUGGAGUUCGUGCAAUUACUUUUCAUCCAGAUGGACGCACCCUUUUCUGUGGACUGGAAGAUGGCUUGAAGGUUUAUUCAUGGGAACCAGUGAUUUGCCGAGAUGGUGUUGAUAUGGGAUGGUCAACACUUGGGGACAUCUGCAUCAACGAAGGAAAGUUCAUCGGUUGUUCAUAUUAUCGAAACUCUGUUGGGAUUUGGGUCUCAGAUAUAUCGCAACUUGAACCAUAUGGAGCUGGAUCUGAGGAUAAGAAUGAAUGCAUGGUGAAGAGAUUUAAUGUCUUGGAUGAUCAGUCAUCUGAGACUGAGAGAAUGGCAAGUGGCUCAAGAGGCAGUUCAUCGCCAGAUUACGAGACAAAAGAAAUAAAGAACAUUUACGUCGACUCCACAGGUGGAAAUUUGACUGCUGCACAAAAUCCAGGAUCUCUGAACGUGACGGUGCCUGUGGAAUCUUCUCAGGUGGAAGUGCCUUCUAAUUCAGGAAGGGAUUCAAUCACUUUCUCAAAAACGAAACCGGGAAUGUUGCUAAGACCAGCUCACGUGAGAAAGACGCUAGCAAAGUUUGAAGAAUCAAAGCAGUCAGUGGUUGUUCAGUCUGGAACUCGGAAGAAAAGAUUGGACGUUGAAGAGGAGCCACAAACUCAAAACUCGUCUGAUGCAAAAGAUUCUACCAUCAAGGUUAUUAGGAACAAGUUUGAAAAAGCCUCAUCAUCGGAACCGCCAACUGAUGAAGCCAAUCAUAGGUUCCUUAAACCGCCUCGUGUGUAUAGGUCAUUAGAUAGCAAGUACGAUGAGUCAAGACGGGAAACGUCUGUUGAUUCUGGAACUGUUGAUGACAAAGAAGGUGUGUUGGAUUACUCAGGAGACAUAGACUUGCCUACAGGUGGAAACUUAUGCAAAGAGGAGAUCAGUAACAAGAACAUUUCCACCAAAACUGAAAGAGUUCUUUCACCAGAAAAACCCGGUGAUGUACAGAAAAUAAAAGUUGUCUCAGGGAGGACACGCUCGUUGGUUGAGAAGUUUGAGAGAGGAGAAAAAGUUACUCAGAACGAAGCAGCCAGUACAACAAUCACUCAGACCAAUGACGCAGUGCAAGAACAUCCGCGUACAACAUCGAGACAGACAGGUGAAGCUCCUGUAACAUCAACACGACGAGCUAGGAGCACUCCUGCCCGAGUGAUGCCUAUCGUACUCCAUCGGGAGAGUAACGUGAAGAUAUCGGAUGAGCCUCCUUUAACACAACCACCAGCUAGGACUUCUUCAGGUCCGGUGAUGCCUUUGAUACUCAAUCAGGCUACUAGUGUCACAUAUGAUGAGCCUUCUGUUACAUUAACACAACAAUCUAGAACUUCUCCUGCCCGGAUAUCGCCUGCUGUGACACUCAAUCAGGCAACACAUACUGCUUAUGAUGAGGCUUCUGUUAAGUCAAGAAGACCACGCAGGACUUCUUCAGGCCGAGUAAGGCCUGUGCCACUCAGUCAAGCAAAGGACAUGACAUCUCAUGAGUGUCCUGUAACAUCAACACGCCCAGAUAGGACUUCUCCAGCACGUGUAAUGGCCAUGAAACUCAAUCAGUCUGAUAACAUGACAUGUGAUACAUCUCAUAUCGCAUCCAGGCACCGAGCUAGUCCAACUCUAACGCUGGGUACACCAACAGUGAUUGAUCAGGUGGUCGAUAUGACAUUAGAUGAGACACAUGUAGCACAAACUCAACCAGCUUGCGAUAUCUUAACUCAGAAGGAAGAGCCUCAAGUAUCUGGGAGAGAGAAUGAUAUUGACAUCACUGAAAGUCUAAUGCAAACUCAUGAUGUGUUCUUAAGCACACUUCAAUCUAGGCUGACAAAACUGCAAUUUGUUAGACAUCUUUGGGAGCGUAGUGAUGUUAAAGGCGCGAUCGGGACCUUGAGAAAGCUGACAGAUCAGUCUGUUCAAGUAGAUGUGAUCAGUAUUCUAACCGACAAGAUAGAGAUUCUCACAUUGGAUAUGUUUUCUCAAUUAAUCCCAGUCCUCACUAGCUUAUUGGGUAGCAGGACAGAGAGGCCGGUAAAUGUCUCAUUGGAAAUGCUCUUGAAGCUUGUAGCAGUGUUUGGUACAGUUAUAAGGUCAACUGUCUCAGCUCCACGGAUUGUCGGCGUUGAUCUUCAUGCGGAUGAAAGGAUACAAAUCUGCCAAAUUUGUUCUGCGGGACUGCACAAGAUUCAAAGGAUUCUUCCAGUUCUCGCAAGGUAA